GCAGUGUACGGCGCAGAAGAGGAGAAGAAGAAUGAGAAGCGCGGUCUACUUGGCCUUGGUUACGGAGGUCACAGCCUAGGCUACGGAGGCUACAAUCUCGGCUACGGGGGCCAUAGCCUCGGUUACGGGGGUCAGGGUCUCGGGUACGGAGGCUACAGCGGACACGUAGUCUCGGCUCCCGUCGUCACACGCAGAGUUGUCUCGUACAGCCUCGGGCACGGCUACUCCGGCGGCCACGGAGGCUACAGCGGAUACGGAGGCUACAGCGGAUACGGAGGCUCCAGCGGAUACGGAGGCUCCAGCGGAGGCUACGGCGGCCACGGAGGCUACAGCUCGCUGGGUCUCGGCCACGGCUACAUACACUAA